UUCAACGGUGUAACGCGAGCAUGCUCCUGCAUACAAGCCCCGAAACUUAACUUCAUGGUAAAAUGGGAGGGUUCAAAGUUUUGAUCUUCCACAGCGACUACUAUUCUGGGAAGCCCGGCAAACUCCGUGGCUCUCGGUGUGCAGCACGGUGGCCCUUUCGAGCCCUUUCGAACGUGUAUCGCCAGCUUGUCGUUUCGAACCUUCAUUCCAGUCCAAGUCCGCCAUCUCGGUGUAUUCCUGUGCGUGAGAUGUCGCAAAGCUGAUGCCUGCCGUACAUCGCGCACCUUUUGCAGCGGGAUGUCACCUUCAACGAGAUAUCUCAUUUUCGAUCUCCCCUCGCCAAGUAUCCGACGGGGUUGUAGAUGGAUCCCCUUAUGCGGCAGCGGACCUAUCGUCAAUUCGCUUCCAGACUGGUCUUUUCCUCCCAGCACAAAUACGAGAAACGUUACAAGUCAGCAUUGUUCCAGCCAUACAUGGGCGCUUCUCGGCCGCGAAUGCACAGCAUGCCGUACCAUUUCCGCAAGCCACGAAGAUAUCACAUCCUGGUGUAGACCAUGCCGGGAUUUCACGUAGUCUGCCUUACUCACCUAUGCCCCACAGAAGAAUUUAUCGCAGCACCCGUGCUGGAGUCGCUUCUCACAAGCUUCUGGAGUUUAGAAUCAGGACUCCAAGCCUACGUCCAAUCACCAUGGGACUUAAUACUGCCGUAUACCAGUCAAUUCGAAUCUCGGCAAAGACUCAUCGAGGAUCUAGCAGUGGAAAUGAAUAAUUUGGUUGAUGUACCGUGGACGUACAUCGGUUGCGAUGGGUUCAGUGCGAAUUGCGAUUGGCCGACUUGGGUAAUUACUCGCCGGAUAGUGUCAAGUGAUCGCCCUGUUCAUCCGUGAAGUUGGCGUGCCCCAGCUGCCUUCACUGUUCCAGCAGGUCAGUGGCGACUG